AUGCCUGCUGGUAUAAGUUGGCCUAAGUACUUGAUCCUUACUGCAACCAUGUUGUCCAUGCUUGCCGGUGCGCAAACCGUCCACAAAUUUUACAAACCUGACCUCACACCAGAAAUUCCUCCGGAAGCUGGGAAGCUCAGAAGACUGCCAAGUCUAAAAAAUGUGAAUGAGCCAGUUCAACCUUUACAACCACGAUCAUGAAAGCAUCAAUGUUGCAUCCUCCAUAAAGUGUUCCUAGUAGGAUUUAUCAUCUGAACGUGUACAAUUGAAAAUCAUGUAUAUUUAAAAGGACUUAUUUUGUAUCUGUAGUGUUUUCUUGAGUCCAAGACUGCCUCCCCUACUGCCUGCUCCCCCCCCCCAAGGGUGACCCCUGCUCAGCUAGUUAUUUCCCCUAAAAAUUCUUUGCAGGAUAUAUGUUUUGGAGGAUGCUGGGAUCUCUCUAUAUAUAAUAAGUUCAAUUACCAUUUAAAAAGCAAAUGUUUGGAACGUUUUGCUAUAAGCCAAUUAAACAAGGUAUCCAUUUGAAGAUUUAGCUCACUGCUGUACUGCAUUGGUUUUCUGCAAAACAUCCGUGUCAAAAACAUAGAAAUUUUAUUUCAGUGAUAUUUGUUCUUGACUAUUUGAAUUUUCACAAUCAACUUCUAAUAUUAAAUGCAAUGUUUAAAUAUA